CAGUACUCGCUGCCAGCGUUGCAGCAAUGGCGAACGCCAGCAAUGGGCCGGUCCGAGGUCCCGGCUGCGAAGAAACAGGGUCCAAAAUCAGUAGUCUUCCACAAUCACAGGUCACCACUGAGCAGGAUGCCUGUACUGUCACCUGGGGAUUCACACUCGAUCAACUGUACAAAAUGGCCACUGCGUUUUUCAAGGAACAUGAAGGAAAAGCCUUCCACAUUUCUUACGAAGACAAGGUGAAUCUUGUAGCCUACACACUUCAAGUAACACAUGGAAAGUACAACCCAGAGAGAUGUAAACCUCUUGGCUACCUCGACGUCGUAGGAAGGGACAGGAGGCAAGCCUGGACUUCAUUAGGAGACACAGACCGUGAGACAGCCAUGAAGAAGUUCAUUGAGUUGCUCAACCUUAAAUGCCCCCUAUUCCGACCAUUCAUUGAAGCACACAAGGCAGAUAUGGAAGAGAAAGAGCGUAAAAGGCAGGAAGAAGAGGAGGAAAGGAGGAGAGAGCAGGAAGAAGAAAGGGAAAGGCAGAGGUUAGAAGAAGAAGUUUCCAGACAAGAACAGGAGCGGCAGAGACAGCUCGAGCAAAAACGGCUAAUCCAGGAGGCACUCAACCGGCAGACCUAUCACCAGUUCAAGGCCUAUGCUGAGCAGCAGUUUCCUGGCAACCCUGAACAGCAAGGUGUGCUGAUCCGGCAGCUACAGGAGCAGCACUAUCACCAGUACAUGCAGCAGGUGCUCAAUCAGCAGCAGCAGCAGCAGCAGCAGACAGCGAUGGCCGACGGGGGCGACACGGCUGACGGUCGACCGCCAGCAGAUCCACAGCCGGUGGUGGCUAACGGGGGCGAGGGCGACACCAAGGGUGAAGAAGGAGACAGCUCGGCUGAUGAGGAGUCCACCGAGGAAGGUGGCCAGGCGUUGCCGACAAUUGCAACGGCGUCCAUGUGGACCCGUAAGGACAUAAAGGAGUUCAAAGAUGGCAUCCGCAAGGAAGGAAGCAACGGAAUCUUAAAGGUGGGUCAUGGCGAAGUGGUGACCGUGCGUGUGCCGACGCAUCCCAACGGCAACUGUCUCUUCUGGGAGUUCGCGACAGACAGCUAUGACCUGGGCUUUGGCAUCUACUUUGAAUGGACUGCCGAACCAGGCAACCAGAUGUCCGUGCACGUCAGCGAGAGUGAAGAAGAAGACGAGGAGGAAGAAGAGGAGCGCUCUGCAGAAAGCGGAGACGUGGAGAAAGGCUCGCAGGGGGACCCCCAUGGCUUGACCCACCAGUCCUCGAUGAGCCUGGUGAUUCCGGUGUUUCGCCGAGACUGUCACGAGGAGGUGUACGCCGGCAGCCACUUGUACCCCGGCCAGGGUGUCUACCUCCUCAAGUUCGACAACUCCUACUCCCUAUGGCGCUCAAAAACCCUCUACUACCGCGUUUACUACACUCGAUGAGCCCCCUCGCGCUGGCAGCCCACCACAAAGACGCAACCGUUGCCAAGUGCCCGUGCCGACAACCUGGGCAGCGUAAUGAGCUCCAGAAAUGUUUCAGCUGCAUUUUUUUUUUUUCGUUUCCUCCCCUCCUGUUUCAUCUUGAUGACAGAAAUGGCAUUGGAGGACUGUUUAUAACACCCCACCACCAUCUGUAUAUCACCCGAAAGAAGCAAACGCUGAAACGUUAACGAAUGUUGCCUGUACAGGGCUUGCUGAUUGCAUACAAAUUCAGGAUUUCGAAAUCUGUUUUGGCUGACAGGGCAGGGUGAACUGGACUAGAAGAGCUUUUAUCUCAUGGCACAAAGCAAAACAGUGUCAGAUACGAUUUAUUCCACAGCCAUGCGACUUGGUUCGGCACUACUGGCCACAAUAGAAAGGAAAAAUUGAUUUUGCCAGCGAUGGCCUAGCUACAAGAUGGAGAAAGUUUGAGCUUGAGCUAAUCGAGAUUGAGCUAAUAAACACCCAAAGCAUGACAAAAGUUUAUGCACAGAAAGAUUGUACAUUAUCUUUUCUUGAAAGCUUUAUUCUGCCAAAGAGAGACUCGUGGAAGGGCGAAAUUUCAAAUAAAUGUGCUAGGGUUGGUCAAGAAGCUUUGUUUCUAGUUGACAUAGUGCUUCUGUUUUCACUGACAUGCCUUGGGGAAAGCUUUAUUUUUUUUUGUGGAAGGAUGGUUAAGUAGUCAAGUUGCUAGUGAUCCAGUAUAAGUGAAGUGCAAACAGAUGACAACUAAGAAUGCAAGACAAGCGUUGAUCCUGCAUAUCUUCCUAGUUGUGCAUUUGGAUGCUUUUUAUUUUCUGUCAUGCUUCACUGAGGUAUAGUGCCUCCAACAACAUAACAGCCCUGUGGGUAAGAGCAAUGACUCGUGGCUGAUGCUUCUCAUCUGUGUUUCCACUGUUGUGCCAAGAGUCAUGCAGCUUUGGAUGUCAUGGUAGUAAACGUAAUUGUGCCGCCUGGUGUGUGUGCAAAUCAGGACAGUCCAGUUCUGCCACAGCCCAGCCUAAUCCGGUGCUUGUCUACACUUCAUUUAUAUUUCAUUUAACUAAUCAAAAAAGGUUCUCAUUGACGAAGAAAAUCGAAGGCAACGUUUCUUCGUCUUGAGUCUUGCACCUAGCCUCGAUAUGUGACGUCACGUGUUCCAAAGCCACUUGAACCGAAAAAGUGGUGCCUCUUCUGCCUGGCAGCUUAUAUGCCACACUUUCACCAUGUGCCACUUCACCUUCCUGCUCAUGUGGUGCCAGCAACACAACCAUCCGUUCCGUACUGCAUAGUUCAUGCCAGGAGCUAUAUAGUUGCCAGUGGUCACUUUCUGAUACUUUUGCGUGUCAUGGCAUCUAGCGCAAUGCCUCUUUAGGACAUUGAACAUUCUGCCCAAUAGCUGAGCUAACCAACAUUCAUUCACUGUAGGCAAAACUGUUGGGCCUCUAAAUAAUUAAUGACCGGAUAUGAUGUAAAUCUCAAAUGUUGAUAUGUAACAAACAAUUAUCGGAUGUAACUAAGGUACCUUUAGUGUCAAAUGUGACCUUGUUGAUAACGGGGUUUGACUAGGUAUCUUAAAAGUGACAGAUCCAGAUUAUGACCCCCCCCCCCCCCCCAGAAAAAUAAAAAAAUAAAAAUUGUAUGCCAGCACAUCCCAGCAAGCAUACGUGCACGAACCCCAAUAAUAGUGCACAAAGUAUGUGAUUAAGGGGUAAGGUGGGGAACAUUAAGGGUCCUUUGGCGGUGUAGCACAAAAGCACUGCUUUGUGUGGUUUUAAAAGUGUGCGCACUGAAUUCCUGCAAUCUCGUUGCCGCAGAGAGCUUGAUUGUGAGCAUAAGUUUGGUGCCAUAAGCGGCUGUGGGCAAACCAUGUGCAUACUUCCCACCAUUAUGCAGUAGUAUACAAAGAGAUAUCAUGUUAUGGUUUUUCUGUGACAGGUUCAUUACUGACAAUUAAAAAGCCAUCAGCCGGUCCUUUUUGAUAUUCUCUUGUAGUAUGCACACUUGUGCCGUUAGGGGGGUGACGAUGCACAAUGGUAUGUUUAUUUUGCCGCAUUUUUUUAUGGUGCUCCCUGUUGCCCGCAUUCCCCAGUUUGUGUGCUAGUGCGUUUCGCACUAGUGUAUGUGUGCAUUUCUCUUUUAUCCCUUGUCAUUACAUCUGGAGUAGCAAGCCCAGCCUGUAGCUAGGCUAACCUUCUGCAGUUGUCAUUGAAUUAAUCUCACUCUCGUGUGCGAGCUUUGCGACAUGCUGAUCGAUGUACAGUUUGCUUGUGAUACAUUUUUGGAAUAGGCAGGUUUUUCAGACAAUGGGAUAGGAUAUGUGUGUGAAUAAUGCAGUGUUGAGUGUUUAGAGGCUAUUGGCCAAGGCUAGCAGUCUGGGAUGAUGCAGCAACGGGCUCACAAGGCUAAAAAUGUUAAAUAUGGCAUCUUUUCGUUCGCUUCUGUGUGUGUAUGGGGUCCCCUCCUCUAUAAUUCACUGCUGAUUAGACAAUUGGAGAAAAAAGAAAUCCUGAACAUAAUUUCGUAGGCCUCUCUCAGAAGGAAUAACUUAUGGCAGAAAGUUCUUUCGGUUUCUUCUCACAGGUGUAGAAUGAAAUAGGAGAUAUAGCAGCUGAGAUAUUGUUAAAUCCAAGGCAAGUGUAAGGGUAAACGCUGAAACUGUAUAUAUCGCAUCAAGUUCUUCAUGUGUAGAUGUAUUGUGUCUGCAAAAUUAACAUUGGCUGUGGCUUGGAUGCUGCAGCCAUUUCCUUGCUGCUUUGUGUACUGUUAAAAUUUAUGCUAGCAAGCCUUUUUUCUUUUGUUCAGCCAUCAUACAAAGGCAGACAGUGGUGCUUCACAGGGCAGAGAGUAGAGCGAAUGUUGUCGUUUCUUGGAAACCCAAUUUCGGUUAUGUACACACUGCGUAAUUUGUUUAUAUACACACUACUACAUUGUGCUAAACAUUGUGUAUAUAGGAGUACUAUCUGGUAUGCAUGAUUCUUCUAGCUAAAGUGCUUGCUCAUUUGCACUUGAAAUUUCAUGCACUGGUAGCAUUUCACAGUGCAUGAAUUUUAAUGCUGUGUUCGGGAGCACUGCUUGCCGGCUUAGUUCGGAAUAAAUUCUAAGUACACGUUCUCUUGUGGCCAUGCCAGACCGGAAACAUAAAAUGCAGGGGAAAUGGAAUGUUGGCGCCAAAUGUCGCUGUGAACGAAACAAAGAGCGCCAUGUUUCUAAUAAACAGCGUCACUGCAAAAUAGACAGUUGUCUGUCUGCCAUCACCACUGAUGAGGUGUACUUUAUUAGCGCUGCAUGAAACAGGCAAGUAAUGCACCCAAACGUGGCAGCAAACUGCAUGCACUGUGACACGAAACCAGUAGUUUAGCCGAAAGGUUAAUGCAUACACAGUGCUCCUGUUCAUCCAACAUUUGGUACACGAGAUGCUGAACGUGCACUUCACAUUUGUGGAGAGUGAAAUGGUAAUUAGGGCACGCUGCACACUUCAUGUAACUGUAGUUCUCCGAUUGUAGGGAGGGUGGUAGGGUUUAAUCAACCUAUCAACAAGGGAGCAACAAAACUGAACUUCACUUCGAUGCAUUGAUCUACCAUAUCGCAUGUGAUCAGAGCAGCAAGUUCCCUAAAACGUUGAAGGUGCUGAUUGGAAAUGCUGUUUACUUUGUGUUGCUCAUAGUGCAAUCAUAGAUAUACUUUUGUUGUUGUUGUUGUUGUGCUCAGGAGAGAGAGGCACCUUGCGUAUAGCAACAAUUGCCAGACCUUUGUGGUUUAUAGUCGAUCACCACUGUGUCUGGACACCAGAAUGUGGGGACUAAUAGCACGUGCCCUGCAACUGGUAUGAUUAAGGAACUCUGCUUGUAGUGGCAAGUACGUGCUACGAGAACGUAAGCCUUGCACAUGAACUCAAAACGCUGAGGGAGUUUAAAUUGAGGGAAUUUAAGGACUUUUUAGCCGCAACAAAAAUUUUUCAGGACUAGUGAAACAUUACUUUAGAUUGUUUAAAAACUAUUGCUAGCAACCAACUUGUUCUUGUUAACUACAAAUGAUUGCUAAACAAAAAUGUGAAAAGAAAGGUUACCUAGAAAACUGCUAGAAAGUUGCUAUAUUGUAUGGGAUCAACUGGAUUUUCGAAUUUGGCAUACAUUUUGUCUAAAAUAAAGGGCCCCUUACCACUUCUAGCAGUGCACUGAUCAUGCCAUGAUGACUGUGUCUGAAGUAUUGCACCGAUAUACGCCACGAAACCAGCCUGUGCAUUCUUCAUCGCAAAGGGACCACUUGCACCGUCAAGGAGAUGUCGAACAGAUAGUGCCUGCAGCACACAAAUAGCCACAGCAGGGCGACCAUAUCGAAAAAACCCCUACGUUAUAACCCCCUAUAAUCGUAUGGGGCAAGUUCGAUAUGAUUAUACAAAAAUUUAAACCCAUGUGUUCCCAUGGGAACAUUGGUUUCUAUGUGAGAUCCCCAAACGUUCAUAUACUGGAUAUUGAAAACAUACGAGACAGGCUCCAUAUGACAUAUGGGAACAUAGGGGUUUUCGUAGAAUUGCCAUUUGUUCAUGUGGUAUUACUGGAUACGGGGCAUAUAAUUUUUUUUUUUGUUCUGAUAGGGAACAGCUCGGGGAUUCCUGUGAAACACAGAGCAGACGUAAACGCAUCUGCAAAUAUAUAUGCUGCACAGUAAAAAGGGAGGAAAGACAAGAAUAAUGUCAGAAGUGGGCCCUCGACUUAAAUAUGGGAGGCAGGAAAGGAACACCGCUUGUGGCCCCGGUAGGGGCAUUGAGAGAGAACCUAUGCUGCAGGGAGGGUAGCCCGACGACUCAUACCAUUGCUUUUGCUGUGUCAUUUGUUUCCAUCUCAGAUACCACUAAGGAUUAACUUGCACUCAAACCACACGGCUGUCGCAUACGUACAGUUGUGCGAAAAAUUGCAUGUCGCAUACAGAUGCACAAAUUUUGGUUUACGCUAAUUGUGCAGACCCAGUGUACACUGAAAUUUGUGCACCUCUGUGUGAAAGACCACACAGUCAUGUGAAAGCGGAAGUCUGCCCUAAAUUCUUAUUAAAUAUUCUUGCAGUAGAAUACUCCUGAGGUGAUGCUUUAAAACGGUUAGUGUUUAACUGAAAUUUUUAACGAGGCCUGGUGAGGGGCCCUUUAGGGACAAAUGUCCAAAAAAGUCCUCCAAGUGUUGCAAAAUAUACAGAAUACAAGGAUUGUAAAACACUUCACUGUGUAAUGACUUUCAAGGUGUUAUUCUGAAUAUGGUGUCCUAUAUUCAAGGGUUUCGAGGACUGCUUGAAACCCCUCAAGUUCUUGCGCUUGGGCAACACUGAGCCAGUUCAUCAUUGCAAAAGCACAUUUUUUUUUCUUUCUCUCAGUGCAUUUUCUUUCGUUGUGUAUAUAUACUAAACUCUAGCUCACCUUUGACGUUGCAAUUGCCCAAAGACGCUGGCACAAAGCGUGACUUGUACAAGUACUGUUGAAAUUUUUAUUCCAUGAUCACGGGUCAGUUCUCUUGGAAAGCCCGCAGGUUGAAUAUGCAAAAUACAGAAACUGGGUCUCAACUACUCCCAGCAUUGCUUGGUUUACUAAGCGGUCGCAUACCAGCUUGCGUGCCCAGUAAUAUUGUACGACGUAAGCACAGCAUGAGUAAGUUAUUACGAAAUGAUUUUGUAUGCCUGGAUGGUUUUGUGUGGUUUCAGAAAUAUGCUAGCCUGCAUGAUUGGUGCAGGUUUUACUAAACUAAUGAGAGUGAUACAGAAUGACAGUUUUGCUCUCGUCUUGUACAAAAAAAAUAAAUAGCUUUACUGAGUGGC